AUGGCAAAAGUAUUCUUUACACCAUGGAAGGACCAUUCCCAGUUGCUCACUGUCCGGAAUCAAUUUUACCCUCCGCCAGCCUAUGAUGGACCGGAUUUGCGCUCAAAAGCCUGCGCAACGGUCGGAAUCUGGAAGCUCCGUGGCAACCUGCCACAUCCGGUUGAGGCUACUGCCUUAUUAACGGACGCGAUUCUUCACGACAAUGCUCAGAAAAAUUCCAUAUUCUCGAUUCGAGCGACCUACUCAGCUGCUUUUUGUCGAUUCGUAACGGGUCUCGUUGACUCGAAACUCCAUGGACAGAGGAAGACCAUGUUUCAACGAGCGAUUGACCUCGGGCUUCCAGCAUCGUUUGUUGAGCUGCGUCACGAGGCGACCCAUCGAGAGUUACCGUCUCUUGUGGUACUUCGCAAUGCGACGCAGCGCUCAUUAGAGUGGCUCUGGGACUAUUACUGGGCGAAGACAGACUCUGAUGUGGCGCUUGUAUCUGGAAGGCCUGCGCCUGCGGUCUCUAACGGUGCCGACGAUGGAAAUGUAGAAGAAAUCAAGAGCAUCCUCAGGUCUGCUCUCGAGCAUCCAGUGGGCCAGGGAGAUCUCUCAGAGUCACCACGGAAGAAGAGGAAGUCAGAUCAGCACUCGUCUUUUUUUACGGCCCAGCUGGUAGCGAUAUGUAAGGCGUCAAGAAGAAGUCCUCAUUCGCUUUCCCGAGUCCUAAUUGAGGAUUCAAUCAUUGUGCCUAAGGGGCGAAAACUUGGCGAUUCCAUGGAUGAAGCAUUCACCAAGUGGGACAAACCACUGCAGACUGUAGCGGCAGACUACCCUACAUUUUUACCAGCCCUGACCGAGGAAUUGGUCAAUGAACUGGCAUUCACCAGACGACCGAAUACGAAGAAUGAUCCCCAGUGCGAGGCGAUUUAUAUGUGGCUGGACCACAUCUUGAACUCAGCAGAGUGGAGUACAACGCGACAGUCGCUUUCCCUCGGAUACAUCCGCACUGUCUGUGAACAAAGUUCGAAUUACUGGCUAGAUCAGCUCAAGGGCGCUGUUCGCUCGGAGGAUAAUCGUUUGUCUCCUAUUGCUAGAGAUAAGAGCAACGCUCCAGCUCGAUUGCAGAAGAGAUCUGAAAGUACGACACAUGCCCAGCAUACCGAAGAUGAUCUACAAGGGCUGCAAAAGUUCGGGUGGGAAAGAACCAUGCAUGUACAGUCAAUUCCUAUGUGGACGGGGAAGGGCAAUAACUAUGCCUACCUUGUGACGGACGAGCCGACAAAAGAGUCCGUCAUCAUCGAUCCAGCUAAUCCGCCAGAAGUAGCUCCAGAGCUUGAUGCUCAGCUCAAGGCGGGAAAGAUAAAACUCACGGCCAUCGUCAACACGCAUCAUCACUGGGAUCAUGCUGGCGGCAACGACGACAUGCUGAAACAUUUUGGCAAACUUCCAGUCAUCGGAGGAAAGAACUGUAAAUCAGUCACGCAGACUCCUGCACAUGGAGAGACGUUUAAGAUCGGGGAGCGGAUCUCCGUUAAAGCCCUGCACACCCCCUGCCAUACUCAAGAUAGUAUCUGCUAUUAUAUGCAGGACGGGGACGAAAAGGUGGUGUUUACUGGCGACACCUUGUUCAUUGCAGGAUGUGGUCGCUUUUUCGAGGGAAAUGCUCAAGAGAUGCACAAAGCGUUGAACGAGACCCUUGCCUCGCUUCCUGAUGACACCAAAGUCUAUCCCGGCCAUGAGUACACCAAGAGUAACGUCAAGUUCUGUCUUGCUGUCUCUCAAUCAGAACCGAUUAGGAAGCUAGAAGCAUACGCAAAUCAGCAUCAACAGACCCAGGGCAAGUUUACUAUCGGAGACGAGAAGCUGCACAAUGUAUUCAUGAGAGUCAAUGAUCCUGAAAUCCAGAAGAAGACCGUCACUGUCGCUCGAGAAAGACCCGGUGCGAUGGGGAUUCCGAAGAAUACUCGAACCCUGCGCGUGGACAGCAGCACCAGCGAACUUCAAGAUGAGCAGUAUGAUCCGGAGAAACGCUCGACUGCUGAAGAUCGCAUGAAAUGUACUCUUCCGUGGAAAGAACCCGAUGUCCUGCACUAUGUUGAGGUAUAUUUUGAGAAAUUCCAUCCCGUCUGGCCGUUUCUGCAUAGAGCGACUUUCGAACCGAGCCAGGAGCCUCCGAUUCUCUUGCAGUCUGUUGUCAUGAUGGGACUGUGGAUGAGUGGGGAUGAGGAGAUACAGUGUCAUGCAAUCAAACUACAUGACAAGCUUAGUUCCUUAGUCUACGAACAGCGAGACAAGUGGGCAGUUGUGAAUUCUGAAUCCGAAGUCCAAAGCUCCUGGCCCAUGGCAACAUACCAGAGCAUCCUUCUACAGAUUGUUUUCGCCUGCCUCAGAGACACUCAUAGUCACGUUGACAUUCGACUCGCCCUGACCAUCCCAACGAGCUGUUCUCGUCUAUUAACGACAUUAACUGACACUUGCCUUCGCAAAAACAUGUUCUUCUACCCAGCGAUCUUAGACCAGUUUAGCCGCGACUCUGUCCCGGAUGUCUUUGUCUGGGUUGGCAUCGAGGAAGUCAAGCGCUUUGCACUUGCCCUUUACAAAGUUGGCAGGUCGUGUCAUAUUCAAUGCGAAAAUGGCCCGCGUAAUAGCCUUCACAGCGCCAACAGGAGAAGAAGCCUUCUCUCCCUGGCAGACUUACAGUUCGCAUUGCCUGACAGCGAUGAGCUUUGGCAUGCCACCUCGGACCUGGCGGCUCGGCUGGCAAAAGAUAGGCCCCUUUAUUAUGACAAUAACAACGCCGAGGCCAAUUGGAUCUCUCAAGACGAAGAUGGCAUCCCGGGCUCGCCUCUUUCCACCAAAAGUCGUGUCCUGGAAGGCGGCGCCAGCAUGGUGCAAGAUUUCACGCCUGUCAAACAGAUCUGCGCCCAUCUAAAUGCAUUCCACAUCUAUGCGUCGGAUCCGACAAGAGCUGUGGAAGCGAAUCAUUACUGUACACAUGUUACAGAAGACCUCAGGCAGUGUCUGAUAUACGAUUCCACCAAGCCUAACGCCCGAUUGAUCGGCCUCGAGUACAUGAUUUCCCCGCGCUUAUUCGAGACCCUCCCGUCCGAGGAACGCAAAUUAUGGCACACCCAUGAGUUUGAGGUUAAAAGCGGCAUGCUGAUUAUGCCCGCUCCCGCCGGAGUGCCAAAGCCUGCCUGGGAAGCAGCGGAAACAUCACAGAUGAGGGAGGUCAUUCCGCUGUACGGGAAAACGUAUCAUUUUUGGCAGGUGGACCGGGGAGAUCCACUUCCCUUGGGGCCUCCACAGCUCAUGGGUAGCUUCACUUCUGAAGACACAGUCAAGAACGCUCAUCCGCAGGGUCUUGAUGGGUUACUUGCAGAGAGGGACAAGGCGUUUGGGGUUGAUUAUAAGGUUAAGGCGGAGAAGAGGAAGGAUAUCGAGCCCCCCAACUUGAGUCCCGAUGCCGACGCCAUGUGGAAGAAUAAAAAUGCCCUGAUUAUACCAAUGGAACGAAUAUUCCGCUCCGCGCUGAGAAGCGCAACCCCCGGCGCCGUCUUCCGCCUCACGCUCGACGGCCUGGGCCUGUUCUGCGCAUGCACUCUGGUCUGGGAGCACCUGAUCACCGUGCAGCUCAGCGAGGGACCCUCGAUGUACCCAACGUUCAACCCGAGGGGCGAUUACCUGAUGAUAUCGCGGGUGCACAAGUACGGCCGAGGAAUUGAAGUAGGCGAUGUGGUUCGCUUCUACCAUCCCACAUUCCUGGGAGUCAAUGGUGCGAAGAGAGUGCUGGGGAUGCCCGGGGAUUUUGUCUGCAGGGACCUGCCGUUCAGUACAGAGGUUGGCACGAGUCGGGAGAUGAUACAGGUACCCGAAGGCCAUGUGUAUCUCGGCGGAGACAACCUGCCCUGGUCGAGGGAUUCGAGGAAUUAUGGACCUAUUCCUAUGGGAUUGAUCAACGGGAAGAUCGUCGCUCGUGUUUGGCCACCGUCGAAGAUGCAAUGGGUGCAGAAUACACUGCAGCCAGCUCAGUUGGAUGAGGCAUAG